UUGUGUGUUUUCCCGCUUCUGUGAUCGUCUGCCCCGCCCCUGAAUGUUGUCACCUGUGUGCCCUCGUCUUGUGCCAGUUUCUGUCUGUACGUCAGACACUUUGUGGAGUCGUGUAUUUUAGAUGUUCUUUCAUUCCGUGGAGUCACCAGUUGGGGGCGUCGAUGGCUUCCCGUCAUCCCUGUGCAGCGCUUUCCUCCGUCACAGAAAAAGAGAGAGCAGCUGCUUCUUACAUCGCAGCGUUUGCUCUGUCAUCCCCCUCAUUCUCCUCUCCCUCCUCCUCCCUUAGGAAGGGGAGCACCACACCCUGUCAGCCAAUCAGACCUCUUCUCCACCUUCCCCAUCACAUCAUCUCAGUUUCCAAGUGGGAUUGCCACAACAUCAAAGGCACCUCCCUCCCUCCCUCUCCACCUCUCUCGCUGCAUCGUCCAACAUCCGACACUCAGGAAGAGAAGACGGAGACGAGAUGGACUAAAGAAGAAGAAGAGAGAUGUGUGUUCUCCACUAGGACUCGUCCGUCAACAUUAGGAAUCCUGUACCUCUCUCUCUUUCUCUCACACCAUGAGUAUCGCAGCUCUCUCCCCCGUGACCCCUGAGCCUCCGUCCCCCAUGGUCACCUCCGUCACCCCGACCCUGGACUCCUCCACCUCCUCCGCUGCUCCUCCUCUCAGUCUGGACUCGGAGCAUCAGUCCCAGGACAGGGACUCCUCCUCACCCGGCCCGGGCCCCAGCCGAGGCAGCCUCACCGGGGGAGGACUGGCCCCGGGGCGAGACCCCUCCCAGAGGUCAAAGAAGCCUCCGCCCCUCCACACUGGAGCCGACUGGAAGGUGGUCCUCCACCUGCCGGAGAUCGAGACAUGGCUGAGAGGGACCAGCGACAGAGUCACGCAGCUCACACACUCGGUGGGACAAGACAGCGACAACAGACACGUGGACGUCCACCUGGUGCAACUCAAGGACAUCUGCGAGGACAUCUCGGACCAUGUGGAGCAGAUUCAUGCCCUGCUGGAGACAGAGUUCUCCCUGAAACUUCUGUCCUACUCCGUCAACAUCAUCGUUGACAUCAGGACGGUGCAGCUGCUGUGGCACCAGCUGAGAGUCUCAGUUCUGGUUCUGAAGGAGCGUCUGCUGCAGGGCCUGCAGGACUCCAACGGAAACUUCACUCGCCAGACGGACAUCCUGCAGGCCUUCAGCCAGGACCAGCAGCAGACCCGCCUGGACGCUCUGACGGAGGUGGACGACUGCGGUCAGCUGACCAUUCGCUGCAGCCAGGACUACUUCUCUUUAGACUGUGGUAUCACUGCCUUCGAGUUGAGCGACUACAGCCCCGGGCGACGAGUCAGAGCCCCGGGAAAUGAGCCGGACGGCGAGGACGGCUCCGAGGAGCCCGAACAAACUCAAGGCCCAAAUCUGGAACCAGGAGCAGAGGAGGACGAAGAACUCCGCCUCUCAAAACACGAACUGCACAACAGUUUAUCUGAACUCGCCACUGCCGCUGAUUCAACAAACCACAACCACUCUCCUUCAGUAUUAUCCACAAUGCAAUGCAACGAAAGUGCAAAGCGCCAUCUGCAUGGUGUGAGCCACAGCACUGACGUGUCGCCCACACAGCCGUCACUUCCCAAGAGAGCCUUUCUGUUCUCAGACGGAGGAACCAGGGUGGAGAACUCGAGGGGAGGUCUGGGGAAAGUCAGCCCGCUCUCUGGGCUCCAAUUCCAGGCCGAGCUGAGCCAGAGCACCCCGUCUCUCGUGGAUCCUCCAGACCGCUCCAAGUUCUGGUUGGAGCUGGACUCGGUUUAUCCAGAAAAUGUUUCACAGUCCUACGAGAGUCUGCAGGUCAUGAAUGGGCGCAACCUCCAGAGAAACCAUGUCAGCUCCAGACAAGGAGGAGGCUCUCAGGGCAGCCUACAGAUACCCAUGACUGACCUGAUGAGCUCAUCUGGGGUCAGACCAACCGCCAACGCCCCCCUGCCUCUCCAAAACCCGGCGUCCCGGGAUGAAAUAUUAAAACAAAUGGAGAGGACGCAGAAGGAGACACAUGCACACAGUGAGGGAGACUCUGACUCUUCGUUGCCCUCGCCCAUGAGGGAGCACUUCUCCUCAGACAUGGAGGCGUCCGGAGAGGAGUCAGACCCCCGGCCGCGUCCCAGCAAGAUGGCGGUCUGGAUCGUGAAGCGCCAUGGGCAGAAGGAUUCGUCAUUAAGAGCCAGCCCAGACAGGGACCACUGGUACGGAUCAGAAGAGUUCCUGGCCCUCCCCGCUCAGCUCCGUAAGACGGAGAUGCUCGCUCAGAAGCUGGAAAGUCUGGCUCACUCCAUCCCACUGAGGCCCGGUGGCUGUGACUCUACCCAGGAGGCUUUGCAGGAUGUGGAUGACUGGGAUUUGACGGAGCUCAACCCCGACUGGGAGGUGGGGGAGAGCGGGGACAACAUGAGCAGCGUAGAGGAGAGCGGGGACAACAUGCCUUCUCUGCUGCCCCCGCUGCUUCCUUUCAGACGAAACCUGGUCAGCCGCUUUAGCUCCACCUCCUCCAGCGAUAUCCCUCCCUCAUUGGACGAAAGCAUCGAGUCUGGUCUGUUGAGUGACCUGCAGUCCGAAGAGGACGAGGGACGGAGAUCUGCGGACUGUCGCCUGCAGCCGACAGCUCCCCCGGUGGACAUGCGUGGAAGUGUGUCCCUGGUGCACCAGCUGCUGGAGGACAUUCAGAAUCAGGACAAAGACCCCGCCGUCUGGAGGAAGAUAGAGUGCUUCGUGCAGCAGUUGGACGGGUUCAUCUCGUGGCUGCAGGAGGCGCUGGACAGCACAGAAAACUGGACGCAGCCCAGACAGGAGCUGGACAGCCUGAGGGUGUACCUGGACACACACCUGAGCUUCAAGCUGAACGUGGACAGUCACAGCGCUUUGAAGGAGAGUGUAAUGGAGGAAGGCAGAGCGCUGCUCACCGCCAUCCCCUCGCACCAAUCAGGUCUGAAGGAUAUCCUCCAUAUGGUUUCUAGCCAAUGGGAUCAGCUUCAGCGGCAGAUCCGGCGCCAACAUGGCUGGAUGUUGCGCGCCCUCCGCUGCAUCCAGUCCCGCCUCCUCUACACCAGCGAAUCGCACGAGCCCUUCGCAGCCUCGGGGGACGCGUCGGCCAAUCGGCCGGCUCCGUGCCAUUCGGACGGCCUCAAGAUAUUUGACAUGAACCCGAAAGCUGCAGCAAUAGAACCGGACGGGGUCCUGGUCCUGGUCCUGGUCAUGGUCCUGGUCCUGGUCCUGGUCAUGGUCAUGGUCAUGGUCCUGGUCAUGGUCAUGGUCCUGGUCCUGCUCAUGCUCCUGGUCCUGGUCAUGGUCAUGGUCAUGGUCAUGGUCCUGGUCCUGUUCCUGGUCCUGUUCCUGGUCCUGGUUCUGGUAUUUGGUUACUAA